AUGCCCCGCCAGCAGAUGCACUCGUGCGAUGUCUGUCGCCGCAGGAAGAUCCGCUGCGACUCCGUCCACCAGGCAACAUGCAGUGCCUGUAUCAAGGCUAAAAUCGAUUGCAAGUUUACUUUCGGCUGGAGACGAAUACCUCGACCUCGUCAAGAUGUGUCGUACUCCCAGCCCACCGUUGGGCAGCCCUCUUCCCCGCCCUGGCUUCGAUCCAGGGCCAACUCGCGGCCGGUGGUAGAGCCGACGAGUAUCUCUCAUCAGGGUGUGUCGUACUCCCAGUCCCCCGUUGGGCAACCCUCUUCCUCGCCCAGGCUUCGAUCCAGGGCAAACUCCCCACCGGUGGUAGAGCCGACGAAUAUCUCUCAUCAGUCUGAAGUGGCCUUGUCUCUAGAAAUUGCAGAGAAUGGCCUCUUCCGCUUCUUUAAAGAUGGCAUCUCUCGUGACUCGUGGAGCGCGUUUGAUGAUCAGGACCAGAUGCGUGUUGUCUACGUGGGCACUAAUAUCUCCAAUAUGUCACAUCUGGUCCAACUGGAUAGGCCGAACCCCUUUUUCCUGAUCUAUCCCUACCCACAGAUUAGACCGCUACCGUCGGCGUCGCAGAACGAUGCCCAUGACGCCCUACAAGACAUCAACUCGUUUCCGGCAAAAGAGAUCCGGGAUGAAUUCAUCGACGCAUUCUUUGCAAAGAUAAAUUCUUACUUCCCCGUUGUAGACGAGGCAAAUUUCCGGGCUCGCUAUAGCAACCCGGGAAGCAGGCCAUCACUUCUCCUCCUACAUGUAAUCCUUUUGGCAGGCGCACACGUCUCGUCACACCCGAGAGCCAUCCACGCACGACACUUUAUCAAGGCGGUGCUCUUCCGUCGCGCCAAAUCUGUCUUUAAUAUGCGCCUUGAGACCGACAGAGUUAACCUUGUGCAAGCCGCCCUACUAUUUACUUGGUACCUACAGAACGGCGACACAGCCAGUGCAAAUAGCUACUUCUGGCUGGGUGUGGGAUGCCGGAUCGCCUUCGGCAUCGGAAUGCAUCGCAACUUGCUAACCGAUCCUCCAGGCCCGGGCCGGAUGCCGAUGUCUGACCGGCGGUGCUGGCGUCGUGUUUGGUGGACGCUCUUCACCGCCGAAGUAUUGUCUGCGCUGGAGCAUGGCCGACCCUGUAUGAUCCGGCAUGACGAUUUCGAUCAGGCUCCAUUAUCGAUGGAGGACUUCCGAGAAGUAGACGGCGAGAUCAACCCCCGGAUCGAUGUCGAGUACUGCAUGCGCAAUGUUGAAUUGUGUCAUAUCGCCCUGGAAGUAAUCGGCCUCAGUGCUCCUCGGGCUGACCCAUCUAGCAUGGAUAAACGCAUAGCACUACUACACGCCCGUCUAGCAACGUGGAAACUAACUAUGAAUACGGAUACGGGUUUCAGCGCUUUAAAUAUCCGUCUUCACUACCACACUAUAGUGAUUCAUCUCUCCCGAAUCCUCGCCACAGACGAGGAGUCUCGCCAAGUGGCGACCAGUGCUACCAGAGCCAUCAUCUCUAUCUUUGAGUCGCUCCAGACAAGUAACCUGAUAUCGCGAUGCCAAUUCACGGCCGCCACGGCGCUUACUGCCGCAGCCAUCCAGAUCACAAUGGAGAUCCAGCAGGCCCUGACUACAGCUUCACCGAUUGUUGUCGUAAAUGACCUGGAUCUACUGAACCGGGUGUGCGUCGUGGCAGGGCACCUAUCAAAGUACUGGCCAACCGUGGAGGGAGUACGUAAGGUAUUCCAGGGGUUAGUUGAUAGGUUCUCGGCAGUAUUGAGGGCACAUGAAGAUGUACCAAUUGAUACGGAGCAUGUCAAUUGGGCAGAUAUCCUAGGAGAUGAUGCAUGGCUUGAGUGUGAUGAGAUGAAUCAGUGGCAGAGUGUUUUGGACUGUGGAUAUGAAUUAUGA